UAGAUAUAUGGGAAGCCUCUCUCCGAAAAGUAGUAAAGUCUCUACUGGGCAGGGGUAAUUUCGGGAAGCAAAUCAAAAUGUUACAGAUGAGACUGGUUGUUAUUUGUCCAGCAGGGAUCUUAAGAGUACAGAACCAAGCUGAAUAGAUGGAGUUUCGAUACAGAUCAGACCUGAUCGAAUUGUAAGUUAGAGGAAGUCAGGGAGGAUAACUUGCUUACUCCUAUUGAAAGGUUUCACGACAGCCUUGACACUGUAGGGAUCCCUAAUAACUCCAUGGGCAAAAUCAAAGAACUAAAGGAAAGUCUGGCUUUUGUGGACUGGGCUGUCACAGUCUAAUGCUCGGAGCUACAAAGCUGAAAUUGUUUCAGCACGAGAAUUCCUUAAAAUGUGAUACAUCUUUACCAGGAGCAUGUAAUGAAUUCCCAGGGGCACCACAGUGUUGUGAAAUACUUUAGGCUGACCAACAAUCCACACAAGCUUUUCCUUAUAAGGCAAUGUAAUUCCUGCGCAGAGGAAUGACAACAAGACAGAGUGUCAAUUCCAGCAGCAAUAGAGGAGUGUAAUGACCUUCCCGGUGGGGGUUGCACUAUUUACCCUACUGUUCAAGAAAUUGAGUUUAUAGCCACACAGCUAGCUCGUAAACUGACCCACCAAUAACUUAUAAAGCAUGUUGCCAGUUUGUCUAAUUCUCACCGAAAUAUGCUUGGAACAAAGUUUUGUAUUGAAGAAAGUAGGUUUACAUUUAUACAGUUCCUUUUGCAUCUCUUUCAGAAGCUGCCAAAGCGUGCUACAAAAUACCGAAGUACAUUUUACUUUGAAGCAUAUUCGCUCAGUUUAUACACAGCAAGCACUCACAAGCAGCAGAAAAUCUGUUCUAAUUAUGCUUGCUUGAGGCGUAAAUACUGACCUCGAAUCCGGGAAGAACUCCGAUGCUUUCCUUUGAACUAUUGCCACCUCUAUUGCCGCCACUACCACUAUUGCAGGAGAAAAGGCAAAGGCAGAUGGCAAUUGAAAACAAACGACACCAGCUCGAGGAUAAAAUACUUCAGCUGCAGCAUCACAAGUCCAAAGCCAUGCGAGAGAGGUGGCUUCUGCAAGGAAUCCCUGCCUCAUCACCGGAAGAGGAGGAAGCAAGGACCAAGCAGGUCCAGGCAGAUGAGGACAAAGCAAAGAAAUUGGAGGAAGCCAUUCGCAGACUCGAGGUGGAAAUAGAACAAUUGGAGAGCGAGGAAUCCCAGAUCGCUGCCAAGGAGCAAGUCAUUCUGGAAAAGCUGAGGGAAGCUGAGAAAUCCAUUGAGGACCUGCAGAAGAGUUUCUCCAAACCUGAUGGGGCAAUGUAUGCCAUGGAGAUCAGCGUAGAAAAGGACAAGCUAACAGGGGAAUCCAAGGUCCUCUCUACAACUCCCGUGGGCACUGAGGGAGUCCACCAGAGAGGGGUAAAGGUUUACGACGAUGGCAACAAGGUUAUGUACGAGGUAUGUUCUGGAGGUGCGGUGGUGGAGAAUGGGGUUCAUCACUUAACUACGUCAGAGGUGGACCAGCUGAUACACAGAACAGGGAGAACGAAUGUGGUCAGUAAAUGUGUGUCGGAAGCACUGACUGUGUCGGAGAGCAGUGCGUCGCCAGAUGAUUCGCGGAGUGGCGGAGAUAGCGGACUGAGGAAGGACAUGGUUGUGAAGGAAGUCCGGCACAAGGCUGGUCAAGCGGGGAAGGUGGUCCAGCCGAUCCCUCCAGGGGAAGCUCCCAAGGCCAGCGAAGACCAUCCAGUGACAAUGAUCUUCAUGGGCUACCAGAAUGUGGAGGACCAGGAGGAAACCAACAGGCUGCUGGGCUACGAGGGCAGCAUGCAGGCUGAGCUAGUGCUGAUUGACGAAGAUGACGAGAAGUCGUUGCGUGAGAAGACUGUGACAGACAUCUCGACAACGGACGGCAAUGCUGCAGAACUGGUGGCCGGCAAGUCCAUGACCGAGGCCUCCGAGACCCUCUCAGCGGAGGAGAAUGAAGGGACAGACACUGCGAUGGAACCAGUCGCAGGUACAGACAAGAAAAAGCGCUGGACAGGGGCAAGCGACGCCUUCCAAUCCAAAGAACUGGAUCAAUCGACAGAGUUUGGCAUCGCUGGAACGCAACAGGACACAGUGAAACCUCCUGCCAAGCUCCUGGAGGAUGUCACUGCACUGAAGGGCAAGAGCAGGAGAAGCUCUGGUUCCGAUAACCCCGACCAUCUGUCGUCUGGCCACGAGGAGGAAAUGGAGGUGGACCACCACCCCAGCGGACCCAAGAGCGCAGGCGUAGCCGUGCCGAAGGUCGUCCCAUCAGAGCCUGCCUCCCUGGACAGUGCGCCGAUUCACCGUGAAGACAAAGGCCACAACGGCAUUGAGAGCAGGCACGAGUCCCUGGACAGCGACGUCGCAAAGGAGAUCAGGUACCUCGAUGAGGUCUUGGAAGCCAUCUGUUGCGAGCCCGUGGUGGAGAACGGAUCGAAUGUGCCACCUUCACCCGAGCCGAGCCCAGUGCGAGCGGACGGCCGGGGUUCUCCCGUUUCCAUGGCGCCGGAGCCAUCUGCACCGCCGCUCAACGGCACGGUACACGUGGACGGGAAGGAGCAGCAGACGCGGGAGGAGGGCGAGGUCAAGGUGAAUGGUCUCCUGCCGAGCUAUAUCAGAGUGUCCUCUGCGGCAGAGCGCAACAGAGAACAGCGACUGGUGGAAAGUUCCAGAAGGUCCUCCAGGGACGGCGAGCCAGUCAUCGUCCCCCUGAAGAAGGAAGCCAAGUUUGAGCUGCGGGCCUACCACGAGGACAAAAAGCCCUCCAAGCUCUUCACCGAGGAUGGGAGGAGCGAACCGUACAAGAUCAAGAAGAGCAGAGCCUCGGACGAGAUCGCUGAGCUGGAGAGGGCCCGGCUGGAGGUCAUCCGAAGCCAGGUGGUGAAGAAGAACCCCAGCAUUGCAGAGAAGUGGAAGCCGCCGCAGGAGAAGACCAUCGAGGAGCAACUCGACCCAGAUAAGUUGGAAUCCCACAAGAAGUACGCCGAGCGCAAGCAGCGGAAGCAGGGGGGCCAGCUGUCCCCAGUGUCCCCCAAGCUGAAGUUCCCCAUGUUUGUGCCACCAGAUCCCAUCAUCAUCAACAGGGAGGAUGUUGUCACCGAGCAGAUAGAUUUCUCUGCUGCGCGAAAGCAGUUCCUCAAGAUGGACAACGCGCCGGAGCACGCCAGCCGGAGACGGCCAGCGAGCACCCGAGGGACCAACACCCGUCCGGCGCUGAAGUUGGCGGAGGCACCGAAAAGGGAACGGGUGGUGGGUUCAGGCGGCUUGACAGAGACGGGCGGGACUCAGGAGCACGCGGCACCCCUGAGUGGCAGUGAGGUGUCACUGGUCAAGGCGUCCAAGGUCAGCGUGGUGCCCGACGAGGGUGAGAGCCAGGAGGGGCUGUCACUCCCCUGGGAGGGCCGGCAGAAAGAGGAGUCAUGCGCAGAGCCACCUCUACACCGACCCGCUGAGCUGAUCAUCAACAGCGGCCUCAGGGACGAGGUGGUAGGGAAGGUCUGUGUGGAUGACGAGGGGUUUACCAGGGUCAGGGCUGUUUUGACAGUGCUAAACGAAGAUGGCGACAGCGACAUUUCAGACCAUUGCUUCAAGUACGUCAGUCUCCCCUCCACAGCAGAGGAGGUGGACUCUGGUCUGGACGACUUGUCCCUUCGGUCCCAGGACACUACGGUGAUGGAAACCCUGUCCAACGACUUCAGUAUUGACAACGUGAGCGACAGCGGUGCUUCCAACGAGAUGACAAACGUAUCCCUGGACUUCUCCCUGGGCGGUUCGCAGGAGUUUUCCCAGCCGCAAACGCCCCAAGCCUUGACUCCCGUCGACAGGGAGAGAGAUGAAAGCUCGUACAAGAGGGAAGGCACCCUGGGCUCGCUCAGUGAUGAUGAGUUGUACAAGCAGAGGUCUCCGCUGCCAUUGAACACGGAGCAACAGCUGCAUUACCAGGCGGAGAUGCUGGUGCAGAAAGCAAUACAACUGGCCCUGGCCCAGGAGAGCCAUGUGACCACAGGGUCAGGGGGAUGUUGUCAGACCGAGCUUCAGAGGGCAGUGGGGAGCGAGGGGGUACACAUUACACCUCAGGCUGUGUCGGCUGCACCAUUGGUGACACGACCACCCCCAGAGCAGGACCAAAGACCCCAGGCACCCAUGAAUGGAGAUAGGAUGAAGGAGGAGGUGCAGUCUGGCCGCCUCGAGGAUGACUGCUUCCUGUUUCCCACGGCAACGGCCAGGCAGUGCGUCACCACGGAGACGGGCAGCGGCGGGUCACAUCCUUCCUUGUACAGGCCUGAGUUCAGCCCCUUCAGCGACAUUGCCAGCUACAUGGAGCCCACAGACUAUUCCAGAAACAACGUCUUUGUCAGCCACUCGCAGGAGCCGGAGGUGAUCGCCCAGUCCGGGCCAUUCAAGCUUCGCUCCCGCAGGCAGAAGACCCUGUCGAUGAUCGAGCAGGAGAUCCGGGCGGCCCAGGACCGGGAGGAGGAGCUCCGGCACCAGAGGGAGGUUCUGAAGACAGUGCAGAGUCUCGGCAGAAGGUCCCGGCCCCUGCCGUCACCACCAGGGGGACUCUCCAAACCAACCGCCCCGGGGAAAAUUGAGAAGUCGGGUCCGGUAUCGCCAAUGGCGGAAGGCCCGUUACCCUCUCCACGGUCUGAUGCCACGUCUGUGGAGCAGGAAUAUUUAGGACAGUCUCGCUCCAGAGGCCUGAUGGAGACGUUGCUGGAAGACUAUGAAGUGCAGAAAGUAAAACGACGGGAAAGGCGGGACGAUACCAAUAUGGAGUAAUUAAUCAACUUCGCCACAGAUGGGGAAACCUGGGAAUGUCCUGGAGGCCACCAGGGUCACCCGCCGAAAGAGUGCCAUGGCUCUGCGUUGGGAGGCUGGCAUUUACGCCAACCAUGAAGAAAAGUAGUAAACCUUAGCAUCGCCACGUAAGGGAAAGGUCAAGAGUAUCUUGUUUUGUUGUGUUCCUUUUGUUUUUGCUGUUGUUGUUGCUGAAGCACAGGUACAAUGCGGCGUAUUUAUCCAAGCCAAGCCAUGCUGGGACGCUCUGCAGAAACAUCCACCUUUGCAAGCACGUUGAAAACAGUAAAUGGAGAGAUUCUGCGUUCUCAAAUACAACUCAGCUACUGCAACAAAAAAAAAGACACAAGGAUUCCCGGACAAUAACUGCAUUUUAACUGCAAAACCUGAAGAGCCAGUUACUUGUAUAUGUAUAAAUACUCCUCGCACCCCUGCAUUUAAUUCUGCUAGGUUUAAGUCACAGUCCUUCAGACUCCACCGUUGCCAGCCUCCUUGUAAAUAGCCGUGAUAAUGUAUUGCAUAGACUUUUAUUUUAAUUGCAGCUCUUGUUUGCUUACUAACAUGGGAGGGGAGG